AUGAAGGGCUCGUUGGCGCAAGUGUGGAGGAAGGUGCAAGGUUGUGGCGACUGGGAAGGUCUCGUGUCGCCGUCGUUGCACCCGCUGUUGAGGGAAGAGAUUGUCCGAUACGGGGAGCUAGUGUCGGCUUGCUACAAGGCGUUCGAGCUCAACUCGAGCUCGAGCCGUUACUUGAGCUGCAAGUAUGGGAAGGGGAGCAUGUUCGAGGAGGUGGGGAUGGGUGGUUCGGGGUACGAUGUCACUAGGUACGUCUAUGUGACUGCUCCUGAUAUCAUGACCAGCAUCCCCAGCAUCCGACCCGGCAGCUGCUGUCGUGGUCGAUGGGUUGGGUAUGUGGCGGUGGCAUCGGAUGACAUGACUGACAGGCUGGGGAGGAGGGACAUCCUCGUCACGUUUCGAGGGACCGUGACGAGCCAGGAGUGGGUGGCGAACCUGAUGAGUUCCCUGACUCCUGCCAGGCUGGACCCCGGGGAUCCCAGGCCGGAGGUCCAGGUGGAGUCAGGGUUUCUGGGGCUCUACACCUCGAACGAGUGCGGUGGCAGCAGGUUCGGCCUCGAGAGCUGCAGAGAGCAGCUUCUCUGCGAGAUCUCGAGGCUGCUGAGGAAGUACAAAGGGGAGGAGGUCAGCAUUUCGAUAGCCGGGCACAGCAUGGGGAGCUCCCUCGCUCACUUGCUCGCAUACGACAUCUCCGAGCUCGGGUUGAACGUGAUGAACAAUCAUGUCAACUCGAGCAGGAGGACGACGACGGAGCACGGCCACCAUCGUGCACCGUCGUCCACGGUCCCAGUGACCGUUUUUUCGUAUGGCGGGCCGCGAGUGGGGAACCUCGGGUUCAAGCAGAGGUGCGAGGAGCUGGGAGUGAAAGUGUUGAGGGUCGUGAACGUCCACGACCCUGUCACGAAGCUCCCCGGUGUCUUUCUCAACGAGAAUUUUAGGGUUUUGGGGAACUACGAGCUCCCUUGGAGUUGUUCGUGCUACUCGCACGUUGGGGUCGAGGUGCUACUCGAUUUCUUGGACGUCAAGAACCCUUCUUGUGUUCAUGAUUUGGAUGCCUACAUUAGCCUAGUAAGGUGUCCGAGGGAGGAGGGCAUCAUCCAUGAAGAUGGAGUAGUAGGGAACAUUUUCGAGAGAGUAAUGAGUAAUGUUGUAGGGAAUUUUGAGCUCUGCCGGUUGAGGAGAGCGGCUAGUGGUAUGGUAGACCAAUUUUUGGUUCAGUCUCAAGGUGCUGAAUUUUUAAUGGAUAAUAACUUCUUAGGAUGGAUGAAUUGCUUGGCUUUGUAUAUGCUCAUGUAA